GAGGUGCUUGCCAGCCAUCCAUUCAUUCAUCCACUGCUAGGCCAGAGAUUGCAUCUUGUAGUGGCGAGAUGUGAGUGAUGUAAUGGCAGCGUCAUGGUUUAAUUAUAUGAUUUUCUCGUGGGCUUGAGCUUGUUGAUUGUCGUAGCUUCGUGUUACGCAAGGCAAGCCCAAGGAGUCCCAGGGCCAGCAACAGGAGUAGAGGAGGAGUAGUUGUACAAGUCUAUCUCUCCUUCCAACGACCUUCCCAAAAUGUCGCUUUAGCCUUUAUUUCACUUUCGGUCGUUCUCUCGCUCUCAUGUUGCCAGAACUUGUCCAUGUCCACAGUUGUUGGAUGUGACCUAGUAGUACUGAAAUGCCGCCUUCUUGGUGCUUCUUCAAACCAGAACGGCAAGGCUUGCAAUCAUGACGGUUUUGCACCCCCUGCACAUUCACUUGUUUUGGUAGAGAUGUGGGGACCUCCGAAGCCCAAAGUGUGGAGCUCGACUUGAGGAGAAAGGUAGAGGAGAGGAAGUGGGAGGGACGGAGACAGAGAGAGGACUGGUCAGUUAGAUUAUAUGCCGGACGGUCAUGGUCAUGGGACGAGCGCAUGAGUAGGGGAAGGGAGACGGUGUAGAGGAGGAGGAGGAAGAGGCCCAACGAGAAAGUGUAGGUUUUGGUCCAAUGGGUUCUCAUUAUCAUAGCACUUGAGAGAGGAGAAUGAUCGACGAUGCUGUUGUUGUGGGAAGUCGUUAGUAGCAUAAGGGAGGAAGUUGGAGGAGGAAGAGGAGGGGAUGGGAGAGGAAAGUGAGUGACCAGGAGCUAGUUGAUGGUAACUUGGCACACUGGAGGUUAAUUUACAGAAGCAUCUGCUUACAUCUUAGGAGGAAUGAGGACAUGCUUUGCGAAUCUGCACGGGAGUAAAGCCAGCAGAAGUAAAAUUUCUUGAUGGCAACCGGCCGGACCGAUUUCAAAUUUCUUGCUGCAGUUCCUCGACAGGCGCCAAGGUGAUCUUCAAGGAUACACGUUCAGGCGUCGAGAUUUGGAGUGUACCAUACACGAAGAUUAUACGCAUGGAGGUUACGCUGUUGGAUAUGGACCUUGGUUGGCCACUCGAAACAGACUUCCGCGAUUCGAAAUUUUUAAAAAAGCAAUGUCGACUCAAUUUGACAAUUUUCCCAAGGCAGCGAGUAGCAAUUUUGAAUAGCCAAUGUGGUUUAUGAGAGCUGCUGCUGGCACUUUUACGUGGAACUUGGGAGCUUAAGCGGAGGAAACCAAUCGCAUAUCGUCAAAAUGUUCUCAAUCGCGGCCAUCAAUGAUACAAGCUCGCCACGUCCUCGUUUGGAGACUUUACCUCCAACAAAAGAAGCCCAGGAGGCUCGUCUUGCACAAACAUAUCAAGAAGCUUUAACAGAACUGCAGGCUGGAAAUCUCACUAAAGCACAGAGUCUUUUCCAGUCCAUUUUACAGGAUCCAAUCAUUCUUCAGACAAGAACGUCAAAGAAGGAGAAUGUAACAGAGUCAAUUGACUCCAACCCGAUGCUGCAGUUAAGGUUUUCGACGUUGAAAAACCUGGCAGAGACGCUUUUUAAGCAGGACUUCAACUAUCACAACGAUGCUCUCGACUGCUAUCUUCAGGCAGCAUCAAUUGAUCAGGAUGAUGUUGUGCUCUGGAAUAGACUCGGAACGCUUGCUUGCGCCCUUGGACACCUUGAUAUUGCAAGAGCCGCUUUUGAGCAGGGUCUCCUCUGUAGUCCACGUAAUUGGCUGUGCAUGGAGAAACUUGCUGAGGUGCUGAUAGCUAUCGGUGACGAGGAAGCAUGUCGGUACACUGUGAAGCGCUUGCUUAAACUUUCUCCGUCACACACCAGAGCUAGACAUAUUGAUGAUGUUCUGGAGGGGCGUGCAGAUGCUCGUGAGAUACUGAGAAAACGUGACUAUUUUAACGAGUGUCUGUUCAAGCUGAAUGUUCUGCCUCGUGGUCUAGACUUAUUGGAACCUAGACAUUUCAGCUUGUCGUUUCCGAAGAAGCGCCAACUAGAGGAUGAGGAUGAAGGUCAAGGGAGCUCUAAAAGAAGCAAAAUUCAGACUGUGGACGUGAGACUGAGUGAACUGUCUUGGCGUUCCUUGUUGUCUUCGAUGAUUGAUUUACUCCAGUCCAUCGCAGGAUCCACAGGAGUGAAGGCAGCAGAGCCUACUUCUGACGAACACUCUAAGUCCCGGAAAUCCGGAUCUAGUUUCACAGAUGGAUCUCUUGUCAACGCUUUAGUAGUUUUCUCUGUCCUCAGAAAGCGACUCACCAAGAAGCCGACUCUCACAGGCAAUGGAGCUUCGGCUUCAACACCAGAAAAGUCACCAGGUCUCGAGCGAAGGUCGCCAUAUCCCUUUCCUUUAAGUGGCCCAGGAUCCAGUGGAGAAUCUCGGGAUCAAUUUUUUUCCAAAGCAGCAGGUAUACCACAAGAUGGACAUAGAACACGGGAACUAGGCGUUGCUUGUGUCAGUUUGUCUUCCAACCAUAUUCAUCCUGCCGAUAUCAUUGAUAGCUUAAAAGUGGCGGAGGCUUUAUACGAGGACGAGCUUCCUUCACAAGAAAGGCGCAGUACUCGGAUUGAGAGAAUUCGUACCCGUGGAUACGAUAAGGACGAUAAGCUCUGUUCAGCCAAAAGCAAAGAACCUGACCAAUGCGAAGUUUUGAGGCAGCAGCUCGAACCUUUCAUUGCGCGGAUUGAUAUGAAGGAAGAAAAUCUCCAGCUAGAUGUCAAACUGGGUAGUGAGUGUAGUUCAGAUAUGGCUGUUGACGGUGGCGGAGGCGGUUCUUUAAAUACAGGUAGGAGUUCAAUCAAUGCCCCUGUCGGUGGAGAGCAGAGAGAAGAGCAAGAUGCAUUGGCCGAAGAGGAAAAUGACGUCCAACAGUUUCUUGAAGAUCAUAAAGUCAACAGUGGGCCCUAUCAUGUAGCACAUAAGCUGUUAGAGACGCUAGCUUUGAACCGCUGUAGGCAGGAAAUCACCGUCUCGAAGGUGUUGCUGCUGGAGACAUUGAUCCGUCAUUUUAGCUGGACAACAAGAAGCCGGGCUUGUUCCUUGUAUCUGGCUGAGCUUUCGCUGGACAUGUUUAGCACGAGUUCACAGAGAAACGCUUCACUUUUUUUGACUGAGUGUGAUUUUCAUCUCUGUCGAGUGGUUGAAGCGGCCGGUUUGCAUGCUGCAUGCAAAACCUUGGAGGUAGAUAUGACCACUGAGAAAGAAGGUCAGUUAGAAGAUGGCAAAUCCAAGGAGAGCUCAAUCCAGGAUCUGAGUGCAAGUAAGAAUGAUACGCAAAUGAUAGAUGCUGUAGAAUGGAAUAAGGUAAUUCGAGAAGGUCACCCCACGUCUAAAGAACACGACUCAGAGAUCAAAGUCGAGACACCAGAGGUGCGACACAACGUUGAGAUUAUUAACCAGUGCCAAGAUACGGAUUGGCGAUUAUGGCUCAGGUAUCAUUGGCUGAAUGGUCGGUGGCAUAUGCAUUCCGGACGUCGAGAGAAAGCUCAUGAGGAGCUCAAUACAUGCUUGGCUCUUAUGGAAAGCAGAAAGAGAAGGGGUGAAUUCUGGCUUGCUGCCAUGUUACCACAUUGCAAGGUAGAUAAUGUUGUGAACCCUGUUACUGUCCAGCGCAUGUUGUAUGAACUGGACAUAGACAAGUUGUUGAAAGAGUCAGCAUGCACAAUGGUUGAGAAAUCUCAGUAUUCAGAGUUGAUUGAUUUGCUAGUUCCUGUCUUGCUUCCCAGCAAAGAUUCAGAAAAGGGAAAGCUUGGUUGGAACGAGACCAGAAAAGGUGCCGUGGAUUCUUCACCAGAGUUCAACGGCCUUAGCAUAUUGAUAUCUGCUUGCGAGAAAGUAGAUUCGCCAAACCUUAGCUUAGCCUUGCAGUGCUACGCCCGAAGAUUAGAGAUUCUCUGUGGUGCUAUGGGUCUCGGCAAGAAAAAUGGUCGAAGGAUCGCUCCAGGCUUUUCGCGGCACACUAUGAGCCCGGUAAGUUCAGAUUCGGAACAGGAACAAGGAAAGGGUAAUGAAGUUCAACGCAAGCUCGUUGCAGUGGAGGUCAAACUCGUUUCGAGAUGCGUUGCCAGUAUCAGAGACAAAGUGGAUGAAGCAGGUGGCAAGGGUAAUGUUACUCUUCAAUCGUCCGUUUUGAGGCAAGUUCAGGAGCUCCUGCUCGAUAUCAUAUGCUACGAUCUGAAAAAUUUUGACUUACGAGAAACAGUGGGGCUGAACAUUUCAAACGUCGCUCCGCAGUUUGACAGCAGUUCCUUCGUUGAUAACUUCGUAGCAUUCUGUAGGCUGCAACAUUUAGACAUCAAUGCGUCAAUCAAGGAACAGGUAGAUCUUCUUGCUGCAGUUCAUGAUGUUCUUGCUGCACGAGGUUUAUGCUGCGCUGGAAAGACUUGUGAAGGUGGAGAGGGCGCUUUCUUGAAGUUGGCCAUAAAGCACUUAGGGUCCAUCGAGCUCAAACUUAGACUCAUUGUAGCUCAGAAGGGUUCUGUUGUUGCUGCCAACGAUGCUUCUAAGGAGACAAGCUCACAUGGCACGGAAGGUGAUGAGAAAGAAGAUGCAGAGACAUCCCCAGAACCAAUCUUGGAAAACAAGGAAGAUAGUAGAGAGGAGCCCUUUAACAGCGACACAGGAAAAGGGAAGAGGAAAAAAGCUGUGAAGUCUGCCAAGGACGAAGAAGCUGAGGAGAUUGAGCGGAGGAGGGUAGAAAUUGGUCUAGAUUCCGUUCUAGAUCAGUGCUUCUUCUGCCUGUAUGGACUCAAUCUCAGAGGCGGAUUUGAGCCAUCCAGUCAUGAUGGCCUUUCCGAACAUCAGAAUACGAAUCGUGGAGACUAUAAGACUAAGGAACAGUGCGCAGGUGUAUUCCAGUACAUACUGCCAUAUGCGAAAGCUUGCACGAGAGCGAGACUUCUAAAACUCCGUAAAGUUUUAAGAGCUGUCCACAAGCAGUUUCCGUAUCCUCCUGCAAAGUUCCGUGACGAAAAAGCCGUGGAAGGCUUUCUUGAUGAUCCAGAGUUCGAAGAGGAAAAUUUUAGUGACAUGGUUCUUUCCGGGAGAUGUCCCAGUCAGAUCGUGGAUUUCGCCCUGAAUCUUCAUUUGGGAGCCCCGGAUGUUGAGGAAGAUCGAGUUUCUGAGCAGAGUAAAGGCAAUGCUGCUAAGCAGACUGAGACAGGUAAGGUCAACUUAUUAGAGAGUGGUGAUGCAAUGGACACUGGGAUGCAUGCGGAGACUUCUGUCACGAUGGCUGUUUCCGACUCCUCUAAACGGCAGACCAACGAAGCCUCACUGCCUGAUGUUCACCCGAAUCGCGAGGAACCAUAUCUGGAAGUUUAUGAAAAUCUUUAUCAUUUCGUAAGUGAGAUCGAGGAUAUCAGUGCCAGUGAUAAGUGGGCUGGUUUUGUGCUUACCAAAGAAGGCGAAGAGUUUGUUGAGCAGAAUGCCAAGCUCCUCAAAUACGAUUUGUGCUACAAUCCUCUACGAUUUGAAAGUUGGAACAAGCUGGCAAAAAUUUAUGACGAGGAAGUCGACUUAAUGCUGAAUGAUGGAAGUAAGAACGUGAAUGCAGUGGAGUGGCGGAAGAACAAUCACUUGACGACUAGAGUUGAGAUGAGUCGUCGUCGCACACGGCGAUGCCUGCUCAUGACUCUGGCCCUUGCCAAGACUCCAGAGCAGCAAAGUGAGGUUCAUGAGCUACUUGCUCUUGUUUAUUAUGACUCCCUUCAAAAUGUUGCACCCUCGUAUGAUCAACGAAGCUAUAUUCCGAAACGGGACGCAUCGUGGAUUUCACUUUGCAACAAAGCAAUGAAACACUUCGAAGGAGCAUAUAAAUUCAAGUCUGAUUGGAAGCAUCUAUUUUAUAUGGGGAAAUUGUGCGAGAAACUAGGUCGACCUUGUGAUGAAGCCUUAGGUUAUUACAAGCAGGCAGUAGAUAUGAAGUCAUCAGCUGUGGACCCUGUUUACAGACUUCAUGCCUCGCGGCUCAAGUUACUCUGUGAGGGUGAUCGUGAGGAAAUCAAGGUUCUUCAAGUAAUUGCGGAACACUGUUACGUUGCUUCGACCAAAGAGAAAGUGUGCAGUCUUUUGGACCGUGUAGUGGAGGGCACAAGUGACAAGAAGUCAUGUAGUCAAAAUGCUUCCACACCUGCUCUUGAAAAUGGAAACGGUCACGAAGAAGCUAAUGACCUGCCAGUGGAUGACGGACUGGCAGACCCAGCAGAUCCUGCAGAUCGGAAAGAGCUGAUUGUGGAAAUUCGUAGACAAUUAUUUGAGGAUUGUAUCACAGUGAUGAGGGUGUGUGUUGAAGGGGAGUUGAAGCAUUUUCACAAGGCUCGUUUCCGCCUGGCUCACGGACUGUACACCUAUGAGAUUCAAGAUAUGGACAAGGCUAAGGAAGAACUGGCCUUCUGCUUCCGAUCAAGUCGAUCAAUGUUUACGAUAAAUAUGUGGGAGAUUGAUGGCAGUUUACGGAAGAUAAGGAGGAAGGCAGCUCAUGCAACCAACUUAGACGUGCAGAUGCCUGAAAGCUCUCGAAAGUUCAUCACCUGCGUUAGAAAGUACCUCAUUCUAUACCUCUCUCUGUGUGAGCAAAACGGAGACAUCUACACUCUAGAGCGAGCAUUCUCUUCUCUUAAAGCAGAUAAGAAGUUUUCAUUGUGUUUAGAUGAUUUAUCUCGACUGGCCUUACGCAAGUACACUCAAGCUCUGUCGAAGCAAAUUGGUCAAGCGGAAACGAAUCCAAACGGUUCAGUUACCAACACGGGUUCCAAUACGUUGAUGGAAAAGUUGUUUAAUCUUUUCAUGGACCAUGGUACUUCUUGGUCCGAGUCUUUGGAAAGUACUCUUGCAGAAGCUCAAACUCCGUCCACACCUCAGGUUUCUGAAGGAUCGAUCCAUAGACACAUACAUAGGUACCUCUACAAUUUGGAGAGGGAGAUGAAGCUUGACAUCUUGGAGGCAAUGAAUGAGAGAAUCAGGAAGCGCUUCAAGAGCAUCAAGAUGCUGGGAUUUCGAACAGGCGAAAUCUGCCGACAUGCAUGCUUAGCAUGGUGCAGGGCUCUUUGCUUUUCUCUGGCUUCGAUUACUCCACUCAACCCAAGCAAGCAAGUGUCUUAUCAACUGCAGUCCCAAGGCGAACUGGUUGUAGACAUACAACAGGAUAUUUUCAUGUCAAGUUCUUACGAAUUACCAGCUUCAGGGGAAGGUUCUCGAGAGGAAGGGUCUGAACCCGGAGAGAGGAUUUCUCGGGGUGACGCAGUAGAUGGUUUAUGUGGAACGGUCUCUAUUAUAUCUUUGAUGAAACACAUCCCUAUCAGACAAGCAUCGGUGGAGAAUUUGGAGAAAGCAACAAGUUUACUUCGUUCUACGUAUGGUUUCUACCGGGAUAGUCUAUCUGGACCCUUUCCCGGUGGGAUCAAUCUUUACUUGGUUCAAGUUUCAAAUACUUCUGGGGAAGGAAGCAGCAAUGGAGCUGGGACAACAACCCAUUCUAAACCUGUGGAUAUUAGCUGUCCACGGAAACUGCUUCUGUGGGCCUUCACUCUGGUUCAUGGUCGCACAGGAAGUGUUGCAGAGGCUGUGAAGUAUUGCGAGGAGCAGGCAAAGCCCAGAUUAAAAAGAGCUCCAGUAAGUGGUGUUCUACAUACAUCACCUUCUGCAGUUCUGAUUAAUAGUCACGGUUGAUGUUCUUGUGAAUGUCAACUUUGACAGUUCAUAGUGGUGCGGCCACAGCACAAGUCUUCCACACUGAGACAUAAAAUGGCAGAGGGUUCAGUCGCUCAGUUCAUCCACCCAGCGGCAAGAAGGUUUUUGCCGGGGCCAAUGAAGUGGUGUAGUACACGAACUGCAGCGGCAUAAUUGCUCGGCGUUUUGCCACUUGUACUCAGAAUGUAAAAGAAGACAUGACAGCAUGCACAUUCGAAGACGUCUUCGGCACAGAUCCAAAUCACACGUGGUUGGGGAUUCAAAUUCCGUUGGAAGCAAGUGUAAAGUAAAGUGCUGUGCAGUGUAAAGUAGCAUGCUUUAAGGUGAUAACGGGCAUCCAGCUUUGGUGCAAGAUCUAAAUUAUGAGCUCAAGCUACACUGUUCCUCACAGUUAUCGCCCUGUAAGCUGACCUAUCAUCCCGGGCUAUGUCCAUCUUUGUAUUUUCAAAAUUCCCGCUAAAUGAUGUAUCAUGUACAUCUCGGAGCAACUAUGGAAGGAGCUGGAGCUUUGAAGUCCUAUUCAUCCAAACGUCUUGACAGUGAUGAACCUAUUCUGGUCCUGGACCGGAAGACAGGAAUAUCACUGCAAGUCAUCCAAGUCUAUGCCCGUCCUCGCCUUAGGUGUUGGUUCCAAGGCACUGCCGUGCUCCCUGAUCGGUGCCUUUCACAUUCGAUGAUACUUUGUAAGAUCCAAAACAUCGAGUUGUAUAUUUAGUUCGAGGCUGAAGUGUGGUGCGUUUCUCUAGAGUUCUGUACCAAUUGUAGAGUUAGCUUCAAAGGGUGGGUAGCACCCUAAAUCAGUCUCAAUAAGAGAGAAAUACAACAUGUAGAUCUAGAAGGAAAUUUCAUUCAUUUUGUAUGAAAUAGGACGGUGUGAAAACAAGUCUUGUGCAAUUAUUGCUCGAGCUGAUUAGUAAAAACUG